CUCUCGGAAGACCCCACAGUGACUCCGAGACGGGGGCUCACAUGUCACACAACGGAGCCCUAAACACUUCACGCGACGAUGUUGGGGAGGUUAGACGUGUGUUCAUCCUCAAGAAUGGAGGGAGUGAAGCGGCGGGGGGCGAUGGCCAAGGGGCUGCGCCUCUAUCCCGAACGCCCUCCAUAAGCAACGCCACAACGCAACAUGGCGGCAGUGAUAGCGGGGGUAUUAAUGGGAAUUGUGACAGUGACAACGUUAUAAAUGGGAUGCUGAGGGCGGGCGAGGAAGAUGUGGAUCCGACCAGUGACUUGGGGGCGGACCUCCAGCACAUCGAGGAGUGGCUCAAAACGCGGAGUGACAGUUUGUCAAGCUUUGACUUUGACUCCGAGAUCAAACCUUCAGAAAUUGACAUCAGUGACCUUUUUAAUCUCAAGAGCAGUGUGCAGUUCCACGUGGGUGGCCAGGACUAUGGGCUUGUAUUUUCCAAAGAUGGAGCAAGUGACGCAGGUACAUCGAGCAGUGCAUUACCGAGCCAGUUUACGUUCCCCGAUAUGGGCGACAACCUCAGUGGAAGUGGGAGUCGCCGAAACAGCUUCACCAAAAAGUUAGAAACGCUGAUGCAGGUAGACAAGGGUUUAUUCGAGGAGUUGCUUUUGACGGAUCAGAGCAAGAAAUGUGGGGCCAAAAAGAUAGAAAAUAUGCCCUCGUUAUCAACGGAAGAUAGAGGCCUGUUUGAAGAAUUGCUCUUACCGGGGGCUCAGGAAGAAUGGGCGAGGCAUGCCCAGGAAUUGCUCCUGGCUGUCACAAUGGAAAAGAAGGAAACUGUAGGUUCAGGAUCAGCCAUUGGAGAAGGUGAGUCUCUGCCGGAGCCAAUGGAAUGCAGUGACCCCCUGUCAUCAAGCACACAGGAUGCAAGCACAAGCCAGGAGUCCACUGACGAGCUCGACCUUAUGGUAAGGAACAUUCAGCCCAUCAAACUCAUGAGUCCACAGGAAAUCGAAAAUAUGGCAUCAAGGCCACUGGGUUUUGAUGAAACCCCAGUGAAGGCUGAGAGCCAGAGGAACAGGGAGGUUGCAAAUCAGAUUGAAGAAGAUUUUAAUUUUCAUCCUUUUGGGACACGAGGUUGCGACGACAGCAGCACCCUGCCGCAGGAUAUUCUUGCUAGUCCUAAUAGUGAGGUUGACAGCAAGCUCUCAAGCAUAUUAGCAAUGGAUGCCUCAAAUGAUACACUGGAGAUUGAGAGUUCAAGUGCAAGUGACAUGCUUGAGAACCUAAACAAAACUCCCCCAAAGCCAGAAAGGAGCAUAUCACCCGGAACAUUUUUAGUUAAACUGGAACCCAAAGAGAACCAAGUAUCUCAGGAUAAGACUACACCCAAUACUUUUUCUCUAAGUCAACAGACAUCAACUGUCAUGCCACCUCCACAAACCACUCUGUCAACUGCAACUUCACAUGCAUAUUCAACUUCUGUUCCUAUUUCAAUACUGGAUGUGAGUGACAUAAAUAAUAUUAUGUCUAGGACAGUGACUACCAACAGUAGUAACUUGAUACACACUCCUGUCAACAGUACAAUGGUAAAUCUUACUGCAGCAACUACAACUACUACCACAUCCAUCAAUAUGGCUCCAAAAGGGCUACUUAAAAUUCCUUCAGGUCUGGUUAGAGCAGAAUUAAAGAAGUUACCAGUUGGAAUGGUUCAGCUGCGAUUAGCAGCACCACCAGUUUCUUCUUCAGCUACUGUUGUACCCACCAGUGCUACUCCAACCACAACAGUGGGUGGGACACAGUUGCCAAGACCAGCUUUCAUUCUGAGACCUCUUAUUACUCCAGGACAACAGAUCCAGCAACAGGCACCCCAGCCAAACAGUAUGGCACCCAAGACUAUUGGGACCCCAAAAGAAAGUACUCCAUUAACUCUGACUCCAUUGAAAGUAGUUGCUGUACAGCCUCCAAACAAGCCUGGUACUGCUAAUGUAACAAUUACUGUAGAUCGUAAAGCAAAUCUCACAACAGUCAACAUUGUUUCAUCAAAUAAGAAACACACUGUCUUCAAAAUUAAUACCUGUGAUUUAGUCAGAGCUGUUUCAAGUAUUCAGGAGCUACACCUGGAACCACUGGGACUCACUCCACAGCAGUUGCUGCGCUCAGCACACACAGCACAUAGAUUAAUUCAAGAAGUACAUCAGGGGACAGCCCGCCAGGCUAAGUCUGGAGGGAAAGAUGGCAGUUCUGGGCCUCAAAACUUUGAGAUUAACCAGGUCCUUCAGGAGGUCAAGGCUCCCAUAUCAAGAAUGCAGCAGGGACAACUUGCCUUAUUGAGACAGGCUGCUGCAACUGCUAGAUCAACUCCUGUUACGAGUGCUUUGAGUCCAAAUUCAAGUAGUUCUAUUGUCACAUGUAACAGUGUAGGGUCAUCAUUAAUAGGAACAGCACCAGUUUUUGUAACUACUUCAGCCUCAGGGCUAACAGGAAAGCCCCCAAUUACAUCAGGAGCCGUCUUAACAACAGCCAAAGGGAUACAGACCAGUUUAGCUACACAGAAAACCCAGAUGGAUUCUUCACCACCAUCUACUAGUUCAGAUGGCAGAGCUUCACGUAUACCUGUCAUCACCUCACCUGACAAAUCACAGUUGAAAAACGAAGGCGUGGGGCUUUCUCUGCGACCUGGUGCUCCACCUACCAUGGUCUCGGUCCCUUCUGUCUUAGACACGCUGUCUGCCUCAUCUUUAGUGUCUGGAGACCUUCUUCAGACCUCUGCACACUCUCCUUCCUCAUCGACAACUACACAGAAUGAUGAAGAUGUUAAUGAUGAAAACCCUGAAAUGUGUAUAGUUUCAGAUGAGGUUGCUGACAAGGCUUUGGAAGAAUUAGGUAUUCAUAUAGAUUCACUGCAGUGUGAGCCUUCGCCACAAGGUGGGAAGCGUUGGCUCUGUCCAAUAAAAGGUUGCUGUAAACAUUUCCCCAAGCUUUCAUCAUUAAAGGUACAUCUUUUAAGUCAUAAUGGAAUCCGACCCUACAAAUGCAGCUAUGAAAAUUGUGAUUGGGCUUUUUACACGUGGUAUAAGCUGAAAAGACAUAUUGAAACACAUCUUAAGAGAAGAGAUUUUGCAUGUUCAGAACCUAACUGCAAUAGAAGGUUCACCACUGUAUACAACCUCAACACACAUCUUCGAUUACAUCAAAGACCAAAGUGCUGGAUGUGUUCACUGCCAGAAUGUACAAAAGCAUUUCAUACAAGGAGAGAGUUGGAGGUCCAUAUGAAGACCCACAAAGAUGUAGAAGCUCCAUAUAAAUGUGGAGUUGAUGGCUGCAGUAAAUCAUACUUCACACCAAACUCCCUAACCUCACACAUGCGCAGUCAUCACAAGGAGGAAGAACUACGAUGCCAGUGGACAGGAUGCGGGAAGAAGUUUGAUAAACCGUGCAGACUAAAGGCUCACAUGAGGGUACACACAGGCCAGAGACCAUUUGUGUGUACAUAUGAGGGCUGUAAUUGGUCUUUCCAAAGUGCAAGUAAAUUGAGUCGCCACCAGCGGAAGCAUACCAAUGACAGAAAAUUCACCUGCACUAUAUGUCAAAAGUCAUUUUUGCGAUCAGAACACUUAAAGGGCCAUCUCCUCAUCCACACUGGUGUCAGAAAUUUCCAGUGUCCUGUUGAACAUUGCAAUGCAAAAUUUACAGCAAAGAGCAGUUUGUACGUCCACCUCAAGAAGCAUGAAGGGAAAACCAAAGAGAAUAAUAAUAAAGUAACUUAUCACUGCCCUAUUGAUACCUGUGACAAGAGUUAUAAUUCUAAGUUCAACCUCCGUCAGCACAUGCUGAAGAACCACACCAUUCUGACGACAGAUACAAGUCAAUUGGAUUAUAUAACGCUACUAGGAGAAAAGGACCUCAUGAUGGACCACCUUCUGCCACUGACAGCUGGUGGUUCCACAUCAGCCUCUGCGACUCUUGACCCCAAUGUUCCAGCCUCAUCACUGGCACCAUCUUCUCAUGCAGGGGACACCCAUGCCACAUUGCUUUCAAGUAUUGAGCUCAUUAAUGGGGACAUUGGCACAGAUGGUACGAACAUUCCACCCAUUAUCGUGAUGGAAGGGAGAGCUGCAGCAGAAGCCAUCGAAGGCAUGGAUGUUGGUAUGCCAGACACGCUUAUGGGUAAUGCAGCUGGAGGGAAUGGGGAAAGUGAAGUAGAGUCCCUUGAUAUGCCAACUAUAUCAAAAGAUUCAGUGCCAGGGUCUGGAGGCUCUGCAAGAACUGACGUCCUUGGUAACAUACUCCGUUCCCGUAAAGCAAGAAAAAGACAGCAGUUGAAUUUAGCAAAGAAAAUGGCAGAGCUUGGAUGUCAUAUAUCAGGUACUGAUGGUGUGGUGAGUUUCACCAAUGAUGUAGUGUUAUCAGCAUCAGCAGUUACUCUACCAGCUACUUCACAUCUUCAGUCGACUUUAUUACAAGAUGAUGCGGUUACUAGUGAGUUGUACCAAGAAACGCUAAUGGGACAUGAUCUGCUCUCUGACCCUACUACAGAUCCACAGUCAACUAUCAAUCUCCGUGACCUGGAGUGAAGAUCAAAUCCAUUUCAGACAUAAGUUCUUUUAUAAUCUGACUGAUCUCAUUUUUGUAGAAACUAUGUAUAUGUGGGAAAGUGUGAAAGAAAUAUUGAACACACUCACUCUAUUUCUCAUUCUAUCUCCUCACCUCUCUUCUCUUUCAUUCUCUCCUCACUUCUUCUUUUCUCUUUCAUUCUCUCUCCUCACCUCUUCUCUUCCUCUCUUCUCCCUCCUCACUCCUCUCUCCUCUCUUCUCUUUUCUCUCCUCUUCUCUUCUUGCCUAUCCUUCCCUCUCUCGCAUGUGUCCUAUGAACACAUACCUGUGGCAAGUGUGUUUUAUCAGAAUGUUUAUUAGUGUUAACUGCAACAUUUGGAUACUAUUGUUGAAAUGUUGUGGUUAUGAGUGCUGUGUGAAUGAUACUGUUUUCCCCUUUUCCCUGAGUCAUACAAUUCUGUGAUAAAAGAACUAACUUUGAGAAGUUCAGUCUCACUUGUUGGUUUCUUUAUAGUUGUAAUAUUUUGGAUGAAUAUUUUGUAAGACAUCUCACCUUAAACAAACUGAAGCUCAUUGAACUUGGAAUCUGAGUGCACAUUAUCUCUUUCCUAGACUUGGCUUGUAGUCUGUGAUCCUUGUGUGUGGAAUUCAGUGAUUUUCUUAAGCUAAGAAAGAAUAGCAGGGGAAUGGAGGCUUCAUGUUUUUCUUUUUCUUUUUUUUUUUGUAGCAGGGGUGGUGUUGCUGAUAGAUAUUGUUUCUUCGUAUAUUUUGGUGGUUAGAAAUUACCAGAAGACUUUUUCUGUAGAAAAGGUUAACUGUCAGUUUCAUUAACUUGUUUAUAAAUGGUAUGAUAUAUGGUUGUAGAAGGAAAAAUGUUUAAUGGUAAUAUUGAAUGAAAUCUGAAGGAGUUAGUUUAUUUUUUUGAAAGGGUCUAUGAAAAUAUGUUGAUAAAUAUGUGAACCAUAAUCAGAAGUAAAUGAUUACAUGUAGGUUUUUUUUUUUUUUUUUUUUUUAUCUGGUUAUAAUGAAAUGAUGAUUAUAUUAAAUCAUAUUUUAUCUAGGCAUUAAAGAUUAUUUGCAUCGAG